AUGUGCGGCGCGCUGCAGCAUCUCACGCGUCGAUCCCCCGCCUCGGGCGAUCGCGCGGGCGGCGCGAGCGACCGCGGCGCGGAGCACGCCGCGUUCUCGCUGCUCAGACGCAAAUACAUCGCGGUGUACGUCUUGGGGACGUUCGGGGACUGGAUCCAGGGCGCGUAUCUGUACGCGCUGUAUCGCGAGCACGGGUUCGCGAUGGCGGACAUCGGGCGCGUCUUCAUCCUGGGCUACUUCGCGUCCGCGACCGUGGGGACGUACGUCUCGUCGUUAGGCGACACGCACGGGCAUCGAAAGCUAGUCAUCACGUACGGCGUCUUGUACGGCACCGCGUGCCUCAUGAUGCGGAGCAGCGACGUCGGCGCGCUGCUCUUGAGCCGCGUCAUGUCCGGCGUCGCGUACUCUCUCCUCUUCUCGUCGUUCGAGUCGUGGGCCAUCGUCGAGACGCGCGCGCGGCGGUUAGACCGUCGGUACCUCGUUCGCUUGUUCGCGUCCGCGACGUUCUUCAACGCCGUGAGCGCGGUGCUCGCGGGUAUGGUGGGGAACGUCGCGGUGAGUCACUUCGCGAGAGAGGGGGGGGGCGUCGGAGGGGAGGCGCGGAACGAGACGGCGACGGCGACGGCGACGGCGACGGCGACGGCGGCGGCGGGAGCGGGCGCGGGCGCGGGCGCGAUCGAGACGGGCGCCGGCGUCAUGCGCGCGGUGUCCGCGGUAUUCAACGAGCCGGAACUCCUCUCGCUCGGGGUGAUCAACGCGCUGUACGAAGCGUCCCUGCACGUGUUCGUGUUCGUGUGGACGCCCGCGCUCGAACGCCGCGGCGGCGACCGCGCGGUGCCUCACGGCGUCGUGUUUUCGCUGUUCAUGGCGUGCAAGAUGGCGGGGUCGCAAGCGUACACCGCGUUCGGGGAGCGCGUCCCCGCGGGGACGACGCUGAGGGCCGUCUUCCUCGGGUCCCUGAUCGCGUUCGCGACGCCGAUCGCGUUUCACGGGUACUGGAUCACUCUGCUCUGCUUCUGCGGCUUCGAGUUUGGCUUGGGGAUGUACUGGCCCGCCAUCGCGGUGCUGCGCGCAGAGCUCGUCCCGAACCGCCUCCGAGCGACGAUGACGAGCGUGUUUCGGGUUCCGCUGAACGCGCUCGUGAUCGCGUGCCUCGCGUUCGCGGGGAGCUCGAGCGAGCCGGGGUUCCUGGCGAUGUGCGCGGGGAUGAUGACGUCGUGUCUGUUCGUCGCUCGGCACAGGGCGCUGAACAAGGAAGCCGCGUGA